UGCCUGUAAGAGCUACUGGUGGACAGGGGGCUGCAAAUCUUAUCUGAUUUUCCAGAGAGGGGUUUGGAGCUGGACUAAAGAGGCUGGGAUAAUAACAGGAAGCGGCCAGAGGAACUGCUGGGCUGGGCUGAUCACUUUUACCACUGGAGGGGCCUGAUUAUCCAGUGAACAGCUCAGGGGAAGCUCAGACAGGUUCACAUGCAGCUGGAAACAGACACCGCUGACCUGUACCUGAGGAGGAUAUAACACGAUUCAUUUACUCUAGGGAUUUUCAAUUCGAGGAAGACUGUUGAAGGGACCCUGAUGAUGAAACAGUCUGCCUGCAGGCAGAUGACUGAGCCUGGCUUCUGGGCAGGUGUCCUGGUCGUUUUAUGUACCCUCAGCAUGGGAGCUGAUGUCCACCAAGCUCUGAAAACACCAUCCGUGCCAAGCAGAGUGCUUCAAAGACAUAAGAGAGACUGGAAAUGGGAUAAACUUUAUGUGUAUGAGGAAAUGCCUCCAAAAAACCCACCUGAAAAAAUUGGAAAGCUAGAGAAUACAUUUUUCACUACAAUCUCAAGAUAUAUUCUCUCAGGAGAAGGUGCUAACGUAAUUUUUACUGUAAAUGACUAUGGGGAUAUCAAUGUCAAUGCAAAGUUGGACCGGGAGAAGAAAAGUGUCUACAAACUUUCAGCUUCACUCAUCAACAUUACGAGCGGAAAACAGCUUGACAACGAUGAUACAUUUGUAAUAGUGGUUCUGGAUAUUAAUGACAAUAGCCCUGUUUUUCCACCUGACCUCUCUGGAUCCAUCAGCGAGUCUUCUAAAGCAGGAUCAAUAGUAAUGACAGUAAAUGCAACUGAUGCUGAUGAUGGCAACACUCAAAAUGGAAGGGUUGAGUACAAACUGCUAAAUGGGACAGACCUCUUCAACAUCAACAAUAAAGGUAAUAUCAUUACAUUAAAAAGCAGUCUUGACCGUGAGAAACAGAAUCAGUAUAUAAUUGCUAUACAAGCCAAAGACAUGCCAGGAAUUGAGAGUGGGAAUUCUGCUACUACAAUUGUGACCAUUAGCAUUAAUGAUGAAAAUGACAACAUUGUCACCUUCAAGAAAGAAAAAUACCAUUUUAAUGUAAAAGAAGACAGCAAACUGGGAUAUGAAAUUGGCAUAUUAGGAGUGGAGGACAAAGAUGAGAUACAAAACAAAGAUCCAACAUUUACUAUGCAACAUGAAUUUGAUGAAGUCUAUGACAUUAAACUAAAUAAUGAGAAAGAUGGAGUUCUUAGCCUCAAAGUGCCACUCGAUUAUGAAACGAAAAAUAUGCACAUAUUUAAUGUAAACGUGGACGAGCACACAGUGUCUAAAUCACCAUAUAACCAAGGACCCAACCUGCAGAAGAGAGCCCAAGUUUUCAUCAGUGUAAUUGAUGUUGACGAACCACCUGUUUUCAGCCAAACUGAAUACAACUUCAGCAUCUACGAAGGCCAAUUCAAGAGUCCAAUCAUUGGAGCUGUUUCAGCAAAGGAUCCAGAUAAAACUGGUUACAAAAUACGGUACUCUAUUGAAGAUGCAAACUGUCCUGUAGCUGUGGAUCCUGUACAAGGACAUCUGUCCUUAAAGAGACAACUGGACAGAGAGCAAGAAUCCUUGCACACAUUCCAGGUUACAGCACAUGAGGAUGUACCAAAUGGUCUAAGAUCCUAUGCGAUGGUUAAACUGAAGGUUCUUGACAUUAAUGACAACGCACCAGAACUAACUAACGGGAGCUACGUGUAUGUUUGUGAGCGUGAUGAACCUGAAACAAUCAUUGGGACAGUGGGUGCCUACGACAAGGAUGAAAAUCCAGGCAGGUUCCGUUUCACUCUGGCAAAAAAGAGCUCGGAAUUUUCCCUUCAUGACAAUCAAAAUAACACUGCGGAUAUUAAGCUGAAGCAAGGCGGUUUCAGUACAGAGCGCUCAAUGGAAUAUGUGCUGGCAAUCGAAAUCACUGACGGAGGUACACCAGAACAGAAGAGCAUUAACCUCUUCCAGAUUAAAGUGUGCACGUGCCAGACGGGACGACGGAUCGAGUACUGCAUGGCCUACGCCCAGACCGGAAUGAGCGUCAGCGCCCUCUUAGCCAUUCUUCUCUGCAUCGUCACCAUCCUGGUCAUUGUCGUCCUCAUCGUGUUGCGAAGGCGCUAUCAAAAAGAAGUUUUGGUUACAAAGUCUUCUGGUGAGAUCCACGAGCAGCUGGUGAGAUAUGACGAGGAAGGCGGUGGAGAAAUGGACACAAACGGUUAUGACGUUUCCAUCCUGUCCUCUGCUUGUCACGACAGCAGCUUUCGGCCCGGCCCAGGGCCUUCGCUGUAUGCCGUGGUGAAGAAACCCUCUGCUUGUAAGGGUGACAUGGCCAUGAUGAUCGAGGUGAAGAAGGAUGAGGCCGACCAUGACCGUGGUGGGAUUCCCUAUGAUACUUUACACAUCUAUGGCUAUGAGGGAUCUGAAUCCCUGGCCGGUUCCCUCAGCUCUUUGGACUCAUCCUCCUGCGGGUCCAAUCUGGACUACAACUUCUUGCAUGAGUGGGGACCUCGUUUCAGGACCCUGGCUCAGCUCUAUGGAGUUGAUGGCUCGGACACUGAUAGCUCCGACUGAUCCUACUGAAGGCCAGGGUUAUCGGGCAGUCAUCGUCCUACCAGGACACAUCAGCAUGAUGCAGACUGCUGUCUUCUCUUCAUGGGAUUUUUUUGUAAGGGUUCCUUUAAGAAAGGGAUUAAUUAACAAGUGCCAAUACUUGUUUCCUUCAUGCAUUGUUAUGACAUUAUGAUGAGCACUACUGUAUUUGUAAUUUUCAUAGAAUAAGUGUGUGUUAGUAGAAGAACUUGCCUUGGUUUUUCAGACUGGUUUUUGUCCAGGUGGAUUUUGUAUAAAACAGCAUUGGACACUGGUUGGACAAACUCUUCUUUUUAAGCUAGUUUAACAGCAAAUCUGAUCUCAUUUUAACACAAAAUAUCUGUGUUAAUUUUGUUGUUGUUGUUUUUUUUUCUUUUCUUUGUGCAGAUAUUGUAUCUCAGCCCAGUCUCUUGAGAAAACAUAAUUAUUUUACAUUUUGGCGACUUGAAAAUGUUACCCACCCCUAAAACUGAAAACAUACAAAUGGGAUUAUACAAAUAAUAUGAAUUUGCAACCAAAUUUAAAAGUUAGAAGUAGCAAUGAGAUUGUGUUGUUCAUUUUUUUUUUAUCUUGUAUUCCUGUAAAAAUCCCCAGUUUGCCAGUUUAUACAAGUGUUUUCUGGACUCAUGGUCAGUGUAAUUGCAGAGCCAGCAUUGUUCAGCAGACUCUUCUCAUCAGGAAACCUACUGCAUUGCCAUGGGAGCAACAGAGGAAAUGGUGAUAACUGUACUUUGAAAGAAUUAAAGGCUACUCCAAGUUUAUUUGACAGAAAUCAUCAGCACAUCGAUUGUUAUGAGUAAAGCCCAAAUCUCAAAGGUCGACUAAUAUAAAGCAAUUGCAGACGUCUCAGGAAACGUGCAGUGAAUUGUGUGCCUGUUGAAAUGUGAGAAGUGGUCUGAAUAACUGUAUUAACAUGUGAAUCAUAAGUGUGGCUAUAUAUUUAACAGUGUCAAAUAAGAAAAAAAGCAAAACUGAACUUGUUAAAUAAUAUUUUGAUGAUAGGUAGCAAGCCAGGCAGUGUCUUGACAAUAUUGUUCAUCCUUCAUUCGAGACUAAAUAGACAAGUGGGUCUCCUUUUUAUUGAAAAAUGUGUAAACCAUCUUUAUACCUUAAAUAUUUACCACUGUGCACAAACUCUACCCUAUUUCCCCCAUUAACCAUGGGCACAAUAUGUGGAAGCCACCUUCUCCCUUUCUUGUAGGGAAUUAUACGCCAAGCACACUUCUCCCGUCUCAUUUAAAAUGAGCAGCUCCGUCACUGAAAUGUCAACUUCCUGUCUGUGUGAGCACAAGGAAACAUACUUCCUGUUCCCUUAUCUUUCAAGUGAAGGAACAGUUUGAAUUCGUUUUCCUGUUUUCUUGUCUUAAAGGGAUAAAGAAAGAAAACUUAGGAGAGCAGGAAAAUGUAAAGAACAACAUACAUCACGCUGUCUUGGUCACAAAGGCAUUGUCCUUCAAGACAAACGGUGCUGCUUUUGAAUUUUUUUGUUUGUUUGUUU